AUGGACUGGCUGACACUGGUAACACCUGACGAAAUGGAACGAGUCGGUAAGAACGCAAAAACUAUUGAGGAGCUAGAGGCUGUAGUAAUGAAAUACGUGAGAAAUAAAAUGAGGGUCAAACACACAUACGAACCAGUAUGUAGUGAAUGUGGUAGUAAGUCCACUGUGGUGAUAGAUGGAGCAGAUGUAUGCACACAAUGUGGCACAAGUGAUAUGAAUGGCUUCACAUACUAUGUUAGUUACAACCACAACAAGGACAACUAUCUGAAAAAGAAGUCUUGUCAUAAUAGAGUCCGUUGGUUCGAGAGACACUUAUUAGAACAUGUUGCUUCAGGGGAUAGGGAUACCAUACGGGAGCAGUUUAGAAGCAUCGUAAGAUGUAUACAAAGACUUAGACUGCAACGGGGGCGCAACAUAGUUAGAUAUAAGUUUUACCUACUAAGGAUAGCCAGCAUGAACAACAUCACGCUGAGAAACCCGCCUGAGGAUAUCAAGACUCAAAGAAUUGUAAACAUCCUUGAGGACAGACUAUAUGGAAAGGUUUUCCCCAAGUUGGGAUGGAAACCUUUGAAGUGUAAAUAUUAUGACGGCUGGAAAUUUAGACAUAAAUAA